AUGGAGGACGGGCGCCAACGGGAUGCUGCGCAGAGGGAGUCUGAAUCAAUGGGCUUGAUAGCCGAGGGCCCCCUCUUUUCAGAGCAGCUACCCGAAGAAUUUGCAGCGUACCUGAAACGAAACAAAGUUGAUGUCUCGUGUUAUGACACACAGGCGGAGAUUCCGCGGUAUUUUGCCGUCCUCUACCCAGUGCCUGCGUUAACGCGCGCCGCAGCAGCAGUCGUAGAAGAGAAUCUUAGAAAGUCGGACGGCGAUAGCGCCCCCCUUGUGAAGCUUCUCUUUUCGAGUGUUGGGCAUGCAAGAGGACAUCUCAGUGCUGAUUCCUCUCGAACCUGCCCAGAUGCAUUUGUUUCCGAUGUUCGCGUGCCAGAUUGUGUAUUUCAUUCGCUGGAUGUUUCGCACCAGAGCGACGGGGUCCCAACCCCUGAGGCAGACGGGGGCCGAUUUACCGAAGACGGGACUCUUCAACGAUUGAAGUUCCGGUACAAGUCGCUCUUUCCGCCUUACGAGCAGUAUCUCAAGGAGCUGCUGUCCUGCAUGCAGAAGGAGUUUGGUCUCGCCAGUCCCCCUUCGCCUGUGCCAUGGUUGCUACCAAACUGCUUCGGUCGUGCGGAGAAAUCGUCGGUUUCUGAGAAUUCGAGCGGCCCCCCUUCCUUUCCGAUUGUUUUUUCUCUUCCAUCAAGUGUGUCGCCUCGAAACUGCACUCCUUACCGACUCGGUCUGAUUCACCCGCUGGACGCAGCAUCUGUGGCGUGCGCCCAAUCGCUUCGUCCCGCGAGAGGUGACCUCGUGUGCGACCUUUGCUGCGCGCCUGGCAACAAGUUAUUGCUUUUGGCCAGUGCCGUUGCAGGGCCGCCGCCUCACUGCGACGCCUGUACCACUGACUCCGAAAGAUAUUCGGAGGAGGCGGCUGGUGCUGUUGUCGGUGCGCGAACUCUGCCGCUCGCUGACAGUGAACGACCUACAGGCCUGGCAGCCCCUACGCUAUGGCUCGCGGGCAGUGAGAGUGCCCUCGCCAGCGCCGGCCGAGGUGGCAUUGUUGUCGGAGUUGAGGGCCGCAGGCAACGUGUGGAGGUAUGCCGGCGCAUUGUUCGAAGAGCGGGCGCUCGCAAUGUCAUUCUGGUGCUUCAGGAUGGGCGUCUGUUUACCGGAGCGUGUAGGUGCGCUCUGGUGCCAGAGGGGGAAUCAUCCAGUUGUCAGUCUCUGUCUGCAAGCGCGCUCCACGCGUCAACUCUUGGGCGCACUGAGGCUGCUGUCAACGCCCGAGCGACCGGAUCGAAUAAGAGGGUGGAACAGCCAAUGAGGCAGACGAGAUCCAAGCGUGGAGGUCGUCUCUCACGGCGGAAAGCGCGAAAACGGGACGAAGCCGCUGAGGUGCCUUUAAUCGACCUGCUCCCGGGGCUCGAGAACUUCGUAGACACCGACGUCGUCAUUAGUUCGCACUCACCGGCUGCAGCGCCACCCGCUGGUGGGGAAGCACCAAAACCGUGUCCAGCUGUCUCGAACCAGGAAGGGCGUCUGGAGUGCUCAAAAGGCGAGACCAGCAACCACAACUGCUUCGGAAAAUUUGACAAAGUGCUUGUGGACGUUGAAUGCACACACGAUGGCUCCAUACGGCAUAUGCAGAAGUUCGGGCGCCAGUGGCGGUGGAAUGAUUUCAAGAAGAAAAUGCAAAUGUCUACAUCAGAACAGGAGUCAUUCGAGUGCAGGGCAACGCUGGAUUGUACUGCUGGCGCGCCCUGUGAUGGUAGUCAGUCCGUGGAUCAAGGGCCAUCGCCUAGCCAUAACACCACAUCUGAAAGCCCGAAUGUUGAAACCCAGAAGCUUCCUCCACUGAAACGCGGCAGAGAAACCGCUGGGGUUUCUAAAGAGGCAACUUCGGUGAUGGAGAGACCGCUUUCCCCACCUGCUUGCAGCCCAGAGGAUUUCUCGAGUCUUCGGCAGCGACAACGCCAACUGCUUCAACGCGGCUUUGAGCUCCUGCGCCCCGGAGGACUGCUCGUUUACAGCACCUGCAGCAAAUGCGAGGAUCAGAAUGAGCAUGUAGUUAGUGACUUCCUCAGAUCUAAUGAAAAUGCCGCGUUAUAUCCCUUGCCAUGCCGAAUCCUGAGAAACGGCGCGUCAAGGGACGUCCUUCACCUAAAAACCGCGACUACCUUGCAACCCCCGGGGUCAGUGGAGGAGCUGCGCCGCACUGUGAAUGAACCUGAGUGUGCUGAGUGGCCUGCUACCCCAUCGAGUCUCUUUCUCGACAGAACAUUGAAGCGUCACCCCGCAGCUUUCUGCUCAGAGAUGACGAGCGUGCUGGCCCCGUGCGAGAGGACGGCGGGAGGGGGUGAACCGAACGAGGAGCAAUGUUGCUGCCCGCUUAAUGGAAGGGGGUGUGAGGCCGGGGUGGACUGUGCGGCUGUGGAACAGGGCUCUGGAGAUCACAGUGGGUGCUCGCGUCCUUACCAUCCCUGCAGUUGUUAUUUUGGCCCAGAGCAGAGUGGGACGAGCGGGCUUUUCCUUGCGUGCAUCACCAAGCUACCAGAUCCGUCCUGA